AUGAGAAGGUCAACCAUCCAACCGAUCGCCCCCAGCGGCGCACCUGCAGCUCUCCUGGUAGGUGAUUCGAUUGUGGCGCGCGCCAGAGAUCUGUUUAGUUGCAAGUCGUCCCGACGCCUAAAGAUCGACGCUGUGGGCGGAUGCAAGUUGUCUGGUCUGAAGAGAAUGCUGCUGGAGAAGGCAAUUGAUGUUGCAAGAUUUGGCCGAAUUAUUAUCUGUCUCGGCACCAAAGAUUUACUUGAACGAUCGGCAAUGGCUAUGAUAACCAUUGUCCAAGAGAUUGUUAUCGCAUUACGUGGUGCAAACACAAUGAUUGAUAUUUUAUUUUGUGAAAUUGGGCCGAGACGUUUUCGCGGUAACCAUAAAUUUCCGCCAGAUGAUGAUCAUACGCUCGAGAGGAUUCCGGCAUACAAUAGUUUGCUGGCUAACGUUUGUGGUUGUGGUGUAGUCAAGUUGAGUUACACAUUGUCAGACUCUAUCGAUGGUCUUCAUCCUGGGCCGAUUGGUUUGUCAACGGUUGUGCGCAUUUUGAAAGCUUAA